CACGGGAGUGACACAAAAAUCCCACAAUGCAAUGUAAUGUAGACAUCAGCUAAACUCAAUUACAACAAGAAGUGCCAUCUGAGCGUGAAUGGUUUAAAAUCGUCGGUCCGGAUCGUCUGAUCUCCGGGCUGUCCCGGCUGUUUUUGCUUGGUGGUGGUCUGCCGGAGCUGGCUUGUUGUGGGUGUGUCGUCCUAGUCUGUGGUUGAGGGGUCAGGGUGCAGGAUGGAUCCCGACUAUGAGCAUCGCCUCCUUCGCCAAAUCAACAUUGACAAUGACAAUUUGAGCCCUGUUAAACUGCAGCACAGUUGGACACCCACCAGCUCCCCGUUGUCCUCACCCAGUAAGCUUGGAGACCGAUUCAUUCCAACCAGAGCGGGUGCCAACUGGAAUAUUAAAUUCCACAGGAUAAAUGAAAAUGAGAAGUCACCGAGCCAGAACAAAAAAACAAAGGAGGCAUCUUCUGAUAAUGUCAAAGCAGAUGGGCUGGCCUACUCUGCUUUACUGAAGAAUGAGCUGUUGGGAGCAGGAAUAGAAAAGAUCCAAGACCCCCAGACAGAGGACAGACGUCUGCAAUCGUCCACACCCGAGAAGAGGAGUCUCUUCUCUUAUUCAGUCAGCACCAAAAGGUUGUCACCAGAAGAUGGAACCAACAUCUCUCCAUACUCACUAUCACCCGUCAGCAAUAAAAGUCAGAAAUUAUUGCGCUCACCGAGGAAGCCAACUCGUAAGAUCUCCAAGAUCCCCUUUAAAGUCCUGGAUGCUCCGGAGCUGCAGGAUGACUUUUAUCUCAACCUGGUGGACUGGUCGUCUCUCAAUGUGCUCAGUGUCGGGCUGGGCACAUGUGUUUACUUGUGGAGUGCCUGCACCAGCCAGGUGACGAGACUGUGCGAUUUGUCAGUAGAGGGAGACUCUGUCACAUCAGUCGGGUGGUCUGAAAGGGGAAACCUUGUAGCUGUGGGGACUCACAAAGGUUAUGUUCAGAUCUGGGAUGCUGGAGCUGGCAAAAAACUGUUUGCCUUAGAGGGACACACAGCCAGAGUUGGAGCUUUGGCUUGGAAUGCAGACCAGUUGUCUUCGGGAAGCCGGGAUCGUAUGAUUCUUCAACGAGAUAUGCGGACACCUCCUGUCCAGUCAGAGAGACGCCUGCAGGGACACAGACAGGAAGUGUGUGGCUUGAAGUGGAGCACUGACCAUCAGCUGCUCGCCUCUGGCGGCAAUGACAAUAAGCUGCUGGUGUGGAACCACUCGUCGCUCAGCCCAGUGCAGACGUACACGGAUCACCUGGCUGCGGUUAAAGCCAUCGCCUGGUCCCCCCAUCAGCACGGCCUGCUGGCCUCAGGGGGUGGCACUGCCGAUCGCUGUAUUCGAUUUUGGAAUACCUUGACAUCGCAGCCCUUGCAGUGUAUGGACACCGGCUCUCAGGUCUGCAACCUGGCCUGGUCCAAACAUGCUAAUGAGCUGGUAAGCACCCAUGGAUACUCUCAGAACCAAAUCUUGGUGUGGAAAUAUCCAGCUCUCACUCAGGUGGCCAAGCUCACGGGACACUCCUACAGAGUGCUCUACCUGGCCAUGUCCCCGGACGGUGAGGCGAUAGUGACGGGAGCUGGAGAUGAGACUUUGCGCUUCUGGAACGUAUUCAGUAAAACACGGUCAACAAAAGAGUCUGUAUCAGUUUUAAAUCUCUUUACCAGGAUAAGGUGACUAUUUUUUUUUUUUUUUUUUUUUUUUUUU